GACGGCUGCCACAACUACCUCGAUGACAACCCCUUGCAAUUCGGCAACAACGCCUGGAUCUCUGCCAUGAUGGUCAUCCUCCUCAUCUGGUUCGUCAUCAUCACCGUCGUCGCCUACCUCUUCAUCAAAGGCAUCAGAGAGUUCAAGCCCGCCCUGAUGGUCCACUACAUCCGCAUGUGCGGCUUCUCCAUCUUCCUGUCCCUCGUCUUCUGUACCGUCGUGGCUGUGGUGCUUGGAAGCGCCUUGUUCUUCCUCCUAUUCGUCGUCGCAUCAGGCUUGCCGCUGUACUUCCUCAUCUGCGCGAACAGCCUGCACAUCAAGAUGUCCCAGGAGCAGGAGGCGCAGUUUGCUAACCCCGCCGCCGCCGCCGCCCCCUCCGUCCUGCCCCCGGGCUACGGCUUUGCCGCCCCGCCGCCCAACCCCUACGGCCAGCCCGCGCCCCCCUACUCGGCGGCGUACCCCCCGGCCCCGGACGAGUACCCCACCAAGACGCUCCCCGAGUAAACCUAUCGUGUACUGUACUCCUGUUUCUGAAUUAUUUUUCUCUCUUGCAAGUAGCAAAGCGAAAGAGAAGUCGUGUGUGUCGUGUCGCUGAUUGUACUUAUCGAUAUGAGACGGGUCGCCGCCGCUUUCAAACGCUUUAUGGCUUUGUGUCACGGUGAGUUUGCUGUGGGAGACGUGUGGUGGCAAUGGUGCGUGGUGCGAAAGAGUUCUGGGGGUUAUGUUCUUAUCAUUUUCGCUUCCUUUUUUAAAACGUAAGAAAUUGAAUUGAAUAAGGAACUCAGUCGUGGACCCUGUCCAACUAUUUUAUGUCAGUAUCUUGAUUUUUCUCAUUUUUUAA